UGUGGUGUAAAAUUGUUUUCCACUGAACUGCAAUCAAAUAAUGUAAUGCGCCAGCCCGGUUUUAACAGAAAUUGAACGGAUACAUUCCGAAUCUUUCGAAAAGUCAAACAAUCAACCACCAUAUUCCGAGCACGUAUCGAUCCUCCGCCAGCGCAAGAUGGGUCGGCGAAAGAAAACCGCCCUAAAUCUCCCUGCCGGCAGCUUGGUUCCAGUUGCGAAGGCGACAUCUGGGGAGGUAGAUUCAGCCAAACUGCUGGCUGUUGAUGAGCAGCAGCAGCAGGAUCCUUACAUGAUCCCGCUGCAUUCGCGCCAGGCCGCCUUCGCCAUCCUGUGGCUGCUCGUUUACAGCUUUGCCAUGUUCACCCUGCCGUUUGGGGCGUUCUACGGCGUGGCGUACGUGCUGUCGGAGCACUAUCAGAUCGAGGGGUUCCACAACACGUGCGGCUCGGUGCUGGCGGCGGUCCUCACGGUCAACUUCAUCAUAAUGCUGUACGCGUUCCGGGGUUUCCGGGAGGCGGAGGAGGAAGAUCGGGAGCGGGCUAAACAUAAGGCGAGCUAGACAGCCGGCUAAGGGGCCGUACAAAACCGUGUAGAUUCCAUUAAAUUGAACUUAAAUCAUGUCCCGCUAGUAUUACUACUUGAAAAUAAAUACCUCUUUAA